GAACAAGCAGUCGGUGACCUGCAGGACCAGCUGAAGUCUCUACAGGACAAGAGGGACAAAUACAAACAAGUGGACAAAAUGUACGAGGAAAUGGUUAAACACUCCAAGAAGCAGCUGUUGACCACAGAGAGGCAGAUCAGAUCAGAGUUCAACAAGCUCUACCAGUUCCUGAAAGAGGAAGAGGAGUCCAGACUGGCAGCUCUGAGGGAGGAAGAGGAGCAGAAGGGGAAGACUAUCAGCAGAGAGAUGAAGAGGAUUCAGGAGCACAUCUCCUCUCUGUCAGACAGUAUCGCUGCUGUUGAAGAAGACCUGCAGAAACACACUCAGACCAGAGUCCAGUGCUCACCGCCAGAUCCACAGCUGGUCUCAGGAGCGCUGAUAGACGUGGCCAAACACCUGGGCAACCUGUCCUUCAGAGUCUGGGAGAAGAUGAAGGACAUGGUCCGCUUCAGUCCUGUCAUUCUGGACCCAAACACUGCAUCCACCGAUCUUUAUCUGUCUGAUGAUCUGACCAGCGUGAGAAACGGAGACUCAAACCAGCAGCUUCCUGACAAUCCAGAGAGAAACACCGCGUUUGUCAAUGUCCUGGGCUCGGAGGGUAUCAGCUCGGGGACACACCGCUGGGAGGUGGAGGUGGGGGACCAUCCACACUGGAACGUGGGUUUGGCUAAAGAGUCGGUUGACAGGAAGGGGAAGGUAAAGCCUUCACCAGAUGAUGGAAUCUGGUGUGUAACACUUCUCAGUGGAAAUUACAUUGAUGUUGUUGGUGAGACAAUCAGAGUGAAGAAGAGUCUCCAGAGGAUCGGAGUCCAUCUGGACUACGACAGGGGAGAGGUGUCCUUCUACGACCCUGAAGACAUGACUCGCGUCUGCACUCACAGAGACAUUUUCAGUGAGAAACUCUUCCCGUGGUUCAGCAUCGGACCGGCUGGUGAUGCUCAAACCGCUGAUAUCAAAAUCUGUCAAACUGUUCGGGGAGGUUGGUGAUUUAUUGUUAUAUUAAUAAUGGUGGUGAUUUUUUGUCAGUUACAGACAAUUCCAGUUAAAGGUACAGUGUGUAGGAUUUGGCGACAUCUAGUGGUGUGGUUUCAGAUUGCAACCGACUGAUUACCACUCCGCUGGUAACGCUGUUCAGCUCGAUCAGAGACCAUGCUUACCAUCUUCCCUAAACCUAACUAUAGUGGUUCUGUUGCCUAUAAUCCUAACUGACAUUAAGGGUAACUAUAAAAAUAAAGUGGCGUGACAAAGCGGAGUUGGGAUGAGAAGGUGUUGAUGAUUCAGGUGAUUAUACACUAAUGAAAACAUGCUUAUGAAUAUUAUAUUCCAUGUCUGCUAAGAGAUCUCCCUUAAUCCUACACACUGUUCCUUUAAUUCUUUAUAGGUGAGAAUCGUGUUAUUUCAAAGUAUACAAAGAAAAUGUAGAGAUGCAGGUUAAAGAAUAAAAUGAUUUUGAUCUCUUUCAGCAAAUUACAUGAUGGAACAAAUUACUUAGUUGUUGUAAAAUAUAUUUCCACAGCACAGAAUGAGAAACUAAAGCAUACAUGUUGGCAGAAUUAGUGUGUGAAGCAUUCUUGCCAAAAUGCUGUUUGUGGUGUAAAUAUGCUGCAAAAACUGGGACGAGUAGAUUAUCUAAUUUUCUUUUUUCUUUUAUCGUCUGAUUUUUUUUUUAUUUUCAAAGGAUGAGAAACAACCUUUUGUUUGCAUUAAAAAAACUGUAAUUUUAAAUCAUGUAAGCACAGAAUGCCUGAUCUUUCCAAUUACUUCAUUGUGUUUUAACUGGUUAUUUACGUAAAUAAAUGGUUCAGUUCCUUCAGUUGUUUUAUGUGCAAACAAAGCAGUUUAGCUGUGAUGUUCAACAAUGAUUUAUGCUUUGCAGAAUUACAUUAUACUUGUUUUAUAUCAUUUUGAACAAACGUUUUCAGAGUGAGCAUACUAAAUAUACAGUUGAUGGUGUUGAUGUACACGUACAAUUUAAUUGUUUAGUUCCACAAGAUGGAGACAAAGUACACAUUUGAUUUGUUAUCCUAUUUUGUAUUGCAUUUGUUAAUAUAAUGAUAAUAGACUCAAGUCCUCCUGUGACAAGGACAAAUAAGAUAAAAAUGAUGAGUGAGUGAAUGAAUGAGUAAAUAAAUGAGAACAUAUGAAGAGAAAAACACAGCAAGCUGUAAAAUACUAUAAAGGUCAAAUGAGGGUUGAAUUAAAAACUCACCAUGUGAUUUUACUUUAAUUGAAUGCCAAACUUUUAUUUGAACUGUAUGUGAUAAACACAGUCAAUACUGAGGUGUUUGCGGAUCAUGUUUCCUGUUACAAGUUCAUGUUGGCUGGAAAAUACAAAAUGUUAUAAACUGGUUUAGUGUCAGCCUGUUGAAAUCAGUCCUCAAUGGAGGGGUAAAGAAAAAACAUCUCCUUUGUUCAAGUUUAUUGUGUUUUUAUGAGCUGUAGGAAUACAUUUCUUUAAGAAACAAAAGAGAUGUUGCAUGUUCUUUUUAUUUUAUUUGCCUACGGAUAUGCUGACACCAUCUGCUGGUGACAUAGCACACUGAAACUGAAAGUAGAUUUUGAACAGAGCUGAGAGUCAUCACAGGGUGUGGGAUCUCUUGCUGGAAAAUACAUGUUUGGAUUAUUUGAAGCAAUCAAGAGAAGGGACAGUAACUCGGUGAGUCUUGCUAUUGAAAGAUAAUUUAAACACCGACACAAAUGGCUGAGCUAACCUCUCAUUGUGAAAGUCCCCUGAGCUGCCACGUGUGUUCAGAGACGGUCAGAGAUCCUGUGUCUCUGGGCUGCCACCACAGCUUCUGUUCAAGCUGCCUGAAGACAUUCUGUCCCAUUUGUAAAAGAAAAGCCUCAAAAGAAGAUCUUGGGGUGAACUUUGGACUGGAGGAACUGGCUGACUCCUUUGCUGGGGGACAGAAAGCUGGAUCACCUGAGACAGAAAAAGGAGGGAAGAAGGUGGAGGAGGUGUGUCGUAAACAUCAAGAAGUGACUAACUGUUCUGUGAGGAUGAAGAUGGAGCUGUGUGUCCUGUCUGUGAAUUUUCUCUCCAGACUCAAAAGGUGUUUCCCAUCGAACAAGCAGCCAUUGACCUAGAGGACCAGCUGAAGUCUCCACAGGACAAGAGGGACAAAUAC